CGGAAUAAGUGACGAUACUUGAAGUAACGAAUAAGUAACAGUGAAUUAGUAACCAACUUCAGAAACCGAUUAGGUAACGAGAAAAGUAACCAACUUCAGUCGUGUUUUGAUCACGAUGGGUAAGAUUAGACGGUCGAGGCAAAAAUACCAUCUCCCUGCAGUGAGAAGUAAUACACUGAAAAUUAAUGACGGGAAAGAAGAAAUUUCAAUUAAAGAACCAUAUUCACAGAAACUUGAGAAAUGUACGAAAGAAUCUGCUGACUCGUCUAUAUUUGAAAACCUUGAAAUUGACUUAAGUCAAAUCAAACAACUGCAUGAUUGUGACAAGAGAAGCAUAAUUUCAAAUAAUGGUGUCGGACCACAGUUGUCAAAGAAAGAGAAAAGGAAGCUGAGGCAUGACGGAUUUUUACAAAAAAUUGAAGCAAUAAAGGCAGCAAAAAAGAAAGAAAUAGAAACCAAAAAAAGAAAAGAAACGCCUUUAGUUGGAGAUAUGAAACCAUUAGAAGAAGCUCUUCCAAACUUAGAACUUCUGAUAAAAGAUAAUCGCAAGACACGUUCACAAAAACUUGACAAACCACAAGGAAAAAAAACACUCAAGGCACAACAGAAAGCAAUGUUACAGGACAUAGAAACUUUUCAAUAUGUUUUGAAACAUCCAGCUUUCCAAGAAGAUCCAAUUGGAACUGUAACAGCUCACAUCUGUAAAAAACUCGAGCAGGAAACUAUGGAUAGUUAGCAAAAUAUGCUAAAAUGUUGUCUACAUUUCUGAAGUGUGAAACAUGAAUUAUGUUUGUUAUAAUUAACAAGUUGUCAGUGCUUCAGUGUAAACAAUCAUGCUGAAUAUAGUUAUUAUUUAUGUGA